AAUGGGCAUUGGCAUUUGUGGGGUGAUCUUAGGAUGAGGCUUUCGUUGCCCACCGUUCAUCCAAGAUAAAACCUCAAUAACAACAUGUGUACCCUUUCAACUCCCCUAUAGGCUUUGAGGCUAACCCAAAAGAAACCAAAGCACAAGAGAAAGAAGAUACCUACUAUGGCUCUCAGAAUAUGGGCUUCUUCCACAGCCAAUGCCCUCAGAAUCUCUGUUGCCUCUAAAGCACAGCUUUCUCCUUACUCUCUCUCAAGAUGCUUCUCUACUGUUCUUGAUGGGCUCAAGUAUGCAACUUCACAUGAAUGGGUGAAGCAUGAAGGCUCAGUAGCUACAAUUGGCAUCACUGAUCAUGCUCAGGACCAUCUGGGGGAAGUGGUGUUUGUGGAUCUGCCGGAAGUUGGCGGUUCAGCCACUCAAGGCAAGAGCUUUGGUGCAGUGGAGAGUGUGAAAGCAACCAGUGAUGUCAAUUCUCCCAUCUCCGGUGAGAUUGUUGAGGUUAACACAAAGCUCAGCGAAAUUCCUGGUGCGAUUAAUACAAGUCCUUAUGAAGAUGGAUGGAUGAUAAAGGUGAAGCCAAGCAAUCCAUCAGAGUUAAAAUCCUUAUUGGGUCCAAAGGAAUACACAAAAUUCUGUGAGGAAGAAGAUGCUGCUCAUUAGAAUUUUGAGCAAAGCUUGCUUAUUUUCUCUUGGAUUAACUUGUUUUAAAACUAUUAUUCUAAGUCCUAGUUCUUGUUAAUUAUUAUAAUUCUGUUUCCAAUCUACUUUUCAUUUUAUUA